UUGAAGGGUCGCAUACCUCCCCCUUCUCCGCCCUCAGCCCCCCCCUCUCCCGGUCGUUGGUCUCUUCCCUCACCGGCUCCUUUCCCUCUUCACUCCCCUUCCCCCCCCAGAGAUAGGCUCAGUACCGCCUCCGGGUUCAGCCGCCUUCCGCCACCAUGGGUAACAGCUGCUCCAAGCCGACGGACCCCGGUUCCGAGCAGAACCGCAUCAUCGAGAAGCAGAUCAGCAUCGACGGCCGCCACAUCGAGAAGGAGACCAAGCUGCUGCUGCUGGGCGCCGGUGAGUCCGGCAAGUCCACCAUCAUGAAGCAGAUGAAGAUUCUCCACCAGGACGGCUACACCCAGCCCGAGUGCGAGGCCUUCCGUGAGAUCGUCUGGUCCAACACCAUCCAGUCCAUGCAGGUCCUCUGCCGUGGCUCGAUGUCCCUGAUGCCGCCCAUUCCUUGGGUCUCCAAGGAGAUGGAGGAGAAGGCCGAGUACCUGAUGAGCCUGCCGGCUCAGGGCGAGGACUUCCAGUUCUCUCCGGAGAUCGCCGCGGUCAUCAAGGAGCUUUGGGCUUGCCAGACCAUCAAGGAUGUCUUCGCCCGCUCGUCUGAGCUCCAGCUCAACGACUCGGCUCAGUACUACUUCGAUGCCAUCGACCGCCUGGCCAACAUGUCCUACAUCCCCGACCUGCAGGAUAUCCUUCGUUCUCGUGUCAAGACCACGGGUAUCUCGGAGAUGCGCUUCAGCUUCAAGGACAUGAAGUUCCGUGUGUUCGACGUCGGUGGUCAGCGCUCCGAGCGUCGUAAGUGGAUCCACUGCUUCGAGGAUGUCCAGGCCGUCAUGUUCUGCGCCGCCCUCUCCGAGUAUGAUCUCUUCCUGCGUGAGGAUGAGGAUCAGAACCGCAUGCUGGAGGCCCUCACUCUUUUCGACAAUGUCUGCAAUUCGCGCUGGUUCGCCGAGACCUCCAUCAUGCUCUUCCUCAACAAGGUCGAUCUCUUCCGCGAGAAGAUUGGCCGCGUCCCCCUCAGCAAGACCUUCGAGGACUACAAGCAUGGUCCCGAUCCCGACAAGGCCGCCGAGUUCAUCUCUCGCAAGUUCCUUGACAUCAACAAGACCCCGGAGAAGAAGACCAUCUACCCGCAUCUGACCUGUGCCACCGACACCGAGAACAUUCGCUUCGUGUGGGCCGCCGUCAAUGACAUGGUUGUCCGCACCCAGCUCCGCAAGGCCGGCAUGAUCUGAGCGUGCAUCGCCACCAGCCCCAUCCUCCUCCUCCCCCUCUCCCUCUUUCCCACACGCGCGCACGCACACGCACACGCACACGC